AAGCGACUUUGCCUUCGCGGUAGACUUCAUAACCCACCACCUGGACAGUCGGCGUCCUCCCAACACGGCCAAAAGCACCACCAUGCCGACCUUGACCGAGACCAUCACCCCCGAGAAGCGCAUCAGGCGCAUCACGGUCCUGAUCUCUGGCUCGGGCUCCAACCUCCAGGCGCUCCUCGAUGCCUCGCUCACCGACAAGCUCCCCAACGCGCAGGUGACGUACGUGCUGUCGUCGAGAUCGAACGCGUACGGCCUCGAGCGCGCCGCCAACGCGUCGCCCCCCGUCCCGACCUCGGUCUGUGCGCUCAAGACUUUUCUGAACCGCAACCCCGGAUCUUCGCGCGUCAACUAUGACGCCGAGGUCGCCCGCCGCGUCCUUGAGUCGCGCCCGGACAUUGUCGUGCUUGCCGGCUGGAUGCACAUCCUCUCCGACUCGUUCCUCGACAUUCUCAACGGCACCACGCCGCCGCCCGCCGCCCCCGCCCUCCCUCCGCCGACCAAGACUGAGAUUGCGGGCGCUACCGAGCCCCACCACCCGCCCUCGUCGUCGCUGCACCCCCAGGACGCGGCCCUCCCAACGCCGCCCCUCAAGCAGGCGUUCCCCAUCCCCUGUAUCAACCUCCACCCGGCUCUGCCCGGCGCGUUCGACGGCGCCAACGCCAUCGGCCGCGCGUUCGAGGCGUUCCAGAAGGACGAGAUCAAGCACACGGGCGUCAUGAUCCACCGUGUCAUCAAGGAGGUUGACCGUGGCGAGCCCCUUGUUGUCCGCAACGUCGACAUCAAGACCGAGGACAAGAUCGAGGACCUCGAGCAGAGGAUACACUCGGUCGAGCACGAGAUUAUCGUCGAGGGCGCCCGUCUCAUUCUCGACGAGCUGGAGAAGCUGCAGCUGGUUGGUGCCGAGACCAAGGAGGAGACCAAGGAGGAGGCCACGGAGGCCAAGGAGGACAUCGCGGACAAGCUCGAGCGUGUGCUGUAGAUAGAUUUUGGGAACAACGCAAUCAAGGCUGGACCAGGCCAGGCCGGUAGUGUGUGUAGAAGAUGCGACCAUCUCAUCGUUAGCA